UAUUUAAUUAUGCUUUAAUUCUUAAUUUCUGGCUCACCAAAGUCCAAACAGAACAUUGCGUCAGAUCAGACUCAGACAGAAGAAGUUGAUAAGAACAAAUAACAAGAACGACGAGCAUUGCAUUGCAUUGCUCUCGCAAAACGACGACUACGCAACCGUAACCGUAACCGCAACCGCACCGUUUCCCUCCCUCGCUUGCUUCCGCAAAUCGCAUGGGAAACGCCAACGGAAGAGAAGACGGAUCCAUUUCCCCCGCCGUCGAUCCCGCCGCCGCCGAUUCCGCCGCCCGUGUGCCUCACGCGCCGGACUCUCGGCCUCCGGUCCGCGCCUUCUCCUCCGAUUCGAUGGCCAAUAGCCCGCCGCAGAGUCCUCGCCGCUCCAGAUCGCCGAUCCUCUUCGGUCCUCAGGUUCCUCUAGCUCCAUUACAAAGAGGUAAUGGCCCUCCUUUUCUCAAUCAAAUGUGGCAGAAUGAGUCUCAUGGUGUUGUUAAUCAACCUCCUGAGCAAGGAAUCCCUGUCAUGAUUACUUGGAACUAUGGUGGUAACAAUGUGACUGUGGAAGGAUCUUGGGAUAACUGGGCAUCUAGGAAGGCAUUGCAGCGAGCUGGCAAGGAUCACUCAAUUCUUGUAGUCCUACCGCCAGGUAUAUAUCAUUACAGGUUCAUUGUUGAUGGUGAAGAGAGAUUUAUUCCAGAUCUUCCUAAUGUAGCUGAUGAGAUGGGGCAUGUCUGCAAUCUUCUUGAUGUUAAUGAUUAUGUGCCAGAAAACCCUGAUGGUGUGUCUGAGUUUGAAGCACCACCCUCCCCUGAAUCCAGUUAUGGUCAAACAUUUCCAGGUGAGGAAGACUUUGCAAAAGAGCCAAUGGCUGUUCCUUCGCAGCUGCAUCUUACUGUCCUAGGUAUGGAGAACUCUGACAUAGGUUCCUCUUCAAAGCCCCAACAUGUUGUGCUAAAUCAUGUCUUCAUAGAGAAAAACUUGGCCUCAAAGUCAGUUGUUGCCCUGGGACUGACUCACAGGUUUCAGUCCAAAUAUGUGACGGUUGUCCUUUACAAACCACUCAAGAGGUGAAUAUGUGAUGGCCGUCAGUUAUAUAAACCUUUCUUUUUUUGGUUUUUUUGGUAGCCUCAGUCUGUAAAGAUGAAAAGUUUAAAUAAUACUCUCCGACCAGUGGUAUAUGAAGGUCUUGUGUCUAUAGAUAUGCUCGAGACUUAAUGUUUUGAAUUGAUAAAUCAAACUUUUUGUUUUUCAA